AUGUCGUGGUGUCAGGAGCAUUGCAGCGGCUUGUGGCGGUCGGAGGACAUGAUCCGUGUCAACAUCAUUGUUCAGCGAGAAGUGCUGCAUGACACAAUGUACGAGAUUGGGAUGCUGGGCCGUGUGCAGUUUCUCGACAUGAACCAAGGCGUGACGGCGUUUGCCAGACCGUUCACAGAAGAGCUGCGUCGCUGCGAAGAGCUGCAACGCAAGCUUCACUUCAUCGAGGAGUCGAUGCGCAAGGAUGUGGCGUUGCUUGAGAAGUACCCCACGGACAUCAACAUGAGCGCCACCGUGGAGGAGAUGCAGUCAUCGCUGCUACGGAGUCAAAUGCAUAUGAUUGAUGACCGCAUCGAGUCGACCGUGAACGAUUUGACCGCCAUGCUCACAUCGCUCGAAGGGUUCCAGCAUGAGAUGAACCAGAACCAGGAGAUGACACUACUCUACUACAAAUACCAGCUUUUGGUGGAGACGCCACCUGUCAGCAUCGCGAGCAACAGCAGCUUUGCCCACCGCGGCGCUGCCGUUACCUCAGAGGCGUUCUCCCGCCUUUCCAGCCUUUUCGGCAUCAUUGACACAACACUCAGCGAAGAGCUCUACCGCCUGUGCUAUCGCAUCACCCGCGGCAACGCCAUUGUCGAGAUCAAUAAUGAGCCGGCCAUGUUCGUCGAUGUUCAGACCGGAAAGCGCAAUGUGGCCAAGACGACAUUCGUCGUGCUGUGUGCCUCGGCGACAAUGAUCACCCGCUUGAGGAAGCUCAUGAGUGGACUCGGCGCUAACGUGUACAGCCUGGACGAGGUGCAGAGUCGCGGUAUCGAGCUCACGACCUCGACCACCGCCCAUCACGUCGAGGACACUGUCGAGGGAGUCAAGCGGCGCAAGCACGAUGUCCUGACACAGUGGUAUGAAGAGCAUCGAUUGUAUAAGACGUACCUGAAGGUGGAGAAGGUGGUGCUGACAACAAUGAACAUGUGCGCCAUGUCUGGCUCCACCUGCACGGCCUCCGCGUGGGUGCCGCUGCGCCACGAGCAGGCUCUUCGCCGUGCAUUGCAGGACGCUGUCGCCUCCGCAAACGGCAGCGUUGAGUCCAUCGUGACGCUCCACAAUGAACAGCAGCACCCGCCUACGUUUUUCGAGACUACCCGCUUCACCGAGUCCUUCCAGAGCAUUGUCGAUAGCUACGGCAUGGCACGCUACAAGGAGAUCAACCCCGGCGUGUUUACCAUCAUCACGUUCCCGUACCUGUUCGGCAUCAUGUACGGCGACAUUGGCCACGGCUUUCUCCUGCUGUUCAUUGCUCUCUUCUUUGUAAGCAAAGAAAAGGCCUGGCGCACAGCGCAGCUCAACGAGAUAGUCGCCAUGGUGUUCGGUGGCCGUUACUUAUUGUUGCUUAUGUCCCUCUUUGCCAUCUACAUGGGCGUCCUCUAUAACGACUUCUUUGGCUUUUCCCUGAACCUCUUCUCCAGCGGGUAUACGUGGGCGCCGAUCGCUGAGCAGAAUGGUACCACCUACCCGACGACGCCGAGCGGGUUGCCAAGUGUGAAGCCGCCCCACGUGUAUACGAUGGGGUUGGACGCAGCAUGGGCCGAGACGGACAAUAAGCUCGAGUUCUACAACUCUGUCAAGAUGAAGCAUGCUGUCAUUGUCGGUGUGGCCCAGAUGCUGGCGGGUCUCUUGCUCUCGCUUAGCAACAGUAUCUAUGAGAAAAACUGGUACAAGGUCGGCUUUUUAUUUGUGCCUGAGUUCCUUUUCCUGCUUUGCACCUUUGGAUAUAUGUCGAUCCUCAUCAUGGUGAAGUGGUGCUGCACCUGGGAGAACACAAACAAGGCGCCGAGCAUCCUGGAGAUCAUGACGAACUUUUUCCUGCAACCUGGCUCGGUGCCGAACCCACUCUUCCGUGGACAGGCUGCGCUGCAGGUGUUCCUGCUCCUCUUGGCGUUUGUGAUGGUGCCCUUCAUGCUGCUGGGAAUGCCGUACAUCGAGAUGCGCGACUACAAGCGGUGGAAACAGCGCCGGCAUGUUGGCGGCGGCCGCCACUACGGCGGAUCGCAACGGGCCAGCAUGAUCACGAUCGAAAACGCCGACUUCUCGGACGUCUUCUUCAACGAGCCGCCGGUGUCGCGGCAGCACCGGUCGUAUUGCGACAGUGGUGACGAGAGGGCGCAUCGCAGCUUGAUGAGCGAUGACGAUACCGCGGCCCCGCCAGCCGCGAACAUCUUCUUCGAUGAUGACAGUAUGCAUCCCUUUGGUGGAGCUCCAUCGGACAGCGAGGGCGGUGCAACGGCCCAGGUGAUCCAGAACGAAAAUGAGAAGUUUGAGAACUUCGAUGUAUCGGAGUUGAUCAUUCACUAUGCCAUUCACACCAUUGAGUACGUGCUGAGCAGUGUGUCAAACACCGCAUCGUACCUGCGUUUGUGGGCGCUGUCACUCGCCCAUGCGCAGCUCUCCGAGGUCUUCUUCAACUUCGCCGUCGUCCAAACCCUCAACGUCGACAACAGCUCUGGGCUUGUGAUCGCCAUUGGGGUGUUGUUAUGGCUUGGGGCUACACUUGGCGUGUUAGUAGGCAUGGAGGCCCUGUCAGCGUUUUUGCACGCGCUGCGGCUGCACUGGGUCGAGUUCCAGAGCAAAUUCUACGCCGGCGACGGCCGGGCGUUUGAUCCGAUGGACCUGCUAAGCCUUAACAUGCAAAGCUGA